UCAGCAGUAGCACGUUGAUGCACACAGAGGCUGUCCGUGUUUUUAUCCCUCUACAUUCACGCUUUGCUGGGGUUUCCGGCGUGUUUUCUCCUCGUCCACGAGCAAGGCUGAUCCGCAGGUUUAUCUCCAGAGUCGUCUGCUGUUCCAACAUGGGGAAGAGAAGCAGACAGAGGCAGAAGAACCAGAAUGCUGGCAGAGACAACAGAGACAACGCUGGCUGGGGAGCUGGCUAUGCUGACAUCGUCAAGGAGAACAAGUUGUUCGAGCACUACUAUAAGGAACAAGGCCUGGUGCCUGAGGGGGAGUUUGAGCAGUUUAUGGACGCCAUGAGGGAACCACUGCCAGCAACCAUCCGCAUCACUGGAUACAAGAGCCAUGCCAAGGAAAUCCUUCACUGCCUGAAGGAAAAAUACUUCAAGGACAUUCUGGAUUUGGAAAUUGACGGCCAGACGAUUGAAGCUCCGCAGCCUCUCAGCUGGUAUCCCGAUGAGCUGGCCUGGCACACCAACAUGAGCAGGAAGAUCAUCAGGAAGUCUCCCCUGCUGGAGAAGUUUCACCAGUUUCUGGUCAGCGAGACCGAGUCUGGCAACAUCAGCCGUCAGGAGGCCGUCAGCAUGAUCCCUCCGCUGCUCCUGAGGAUCGAGUCCCAUCACAAGAUCUUGGACAUGUGUGCAGCACCGGGCUCAAAGACGGGCCAGCUGAUUGAGAUGCUUCACUCCGACAUGGAUGUGCCGUUUCCAGAGGGCUUCGUGAUCGCCAACGACGUGGACAACAAGCGCUGCUACCUGCUGGUCCACCAGGCCAAGCGUCUCAACAGCCCGUGCAUCAUGGUGGUCAACCACGACGCCUCCUGCAUCCCCACACUUCAAGUGGAGUCAGACGGCAAGAAGGGCAGCCUCUUCUACGACCGCGUCCUGUGCGACGUGCCCUGCAGCGGGGAUGGUACCAUGAGGAAGAACAUCGACGUGUGGAAGAAAUGGACAACCAGCAACAGCCUGCACCUCCAUGGGCUCCAGCUGCGUAUUGCGGUGCGCGGCGUGGAGCAGCUGGCUGUCGGGGGCAGGAUGGUUUACUCCACGUGUUCACUGAACCCCUUAGAGGACGAAGCCGUCAUCGCAGCCCUGCUGGAGAAGAGUGAAGGAGCCCUGGAGCUGGCCGACACGUCAGCUGACCUGCCAGGACUGAAGCGGAUGCCUGGGGUCACUUCCUGGAAGCUGAUGACCAAAGAGGGCCAGUGGUACUCGGACUGGUCCGAGGUGCCGAGCAGCCGCCACACACAGAUCCGGCCCACCAUGUUUCCGCCUACAGACCCGGAGAAAGCAGCCAGCAUGCAUUUGGAGAGAUGUAUGAGGAUUCUCCCGCAUCACCAGAACACUGGAGGGUUUUUUGUGGCUGUGCUGGUGAAGAAAGCUCCCAUGCCUUGGAACAAAAGAUACCCUAAGGUGAGGAAAGAUGUCUCAUCCAGCUCGGCGGUCCAGACCGGAGUCUCUCCAGCGGCCCCGUCUCCAGCAGACGCCCCCCAGCCGCUCCCCAAGGCCUCCCCGGAGGACGUGGAGGGAGGCGGCGCGGCGGAGCGCGAGGCGCCCCAGGGGGCUACGCAGGAGGCUGCUGCCACACAAGAGGUGGUGUGUGGGCCUCCUCCCUCAAAAAAGAUGAGGCUGUUUGGGUACAAAGAAGACCCGUUUGUGUUCCUGACUGAGGACGACCCGGUCUUCACCACCAUACAAUCCUUCUACGAUCUGCCUCUCGACUUCCCCAAGCUCAAUGUCCUGACCCGGACCCACGAGGGCAAGAAGAGACACCUGUACAUGGUGUCCAAGGAGCUGCGGAACGUGCUGCUCAACAACAGCGAACGCAUGAAGGUCAUUAACACGGGAGUGAAGGUGUGGUCCCGCAACAGCGACGGAGAGGAGUUCGGCUGUGCCUUCAGGCUGGCUCAGGAGGGUAUUUACUCGCUGCAGCCGUACAUCCGCGCCAGGAUCAUCAGGGUGAGCGUGGCCGACAUCAAGGUGCUGCUGACGCAGGAGAACCCCUUCCUCAGCAAGCUGGAGGACGACGCGCACGCUCAGGCCAAGCAGACGGGGAUGGGUAGCAUUGUGCUGAAGUACAUUCCAAACCCCAAUAACUCCACAGAGCCCCAGUGCCCCAUCCAGCUGUGCGGCUGGAGAGGAAAGACGUCCAUCCGAGCCUUCGUGCCUCGCAACGAGCGCUUCCAUUACCUCCGAAUGCUGGGCGUGGAGGUGUUCAGAGAAAAACAGGGCCAGGGGCAGAGCAGGAAGGACGGAGCGAAGGAAGGAAACGGAAAUGCCGAGGAGGAUCCGGAGGACCAGGCUGGAAAGAACGCUGAGGAGAAGGAAGGGGCAGUGGCGGGAAAGGAAGCGGGUCUGGAUUUGGGGAACGGUGAAAACGGAUCAUCCGAGCCAGGGACUGACAAAAAGGACGCUAGUAGCUGAGUAUCUGGUGAAAACGGACGACUGAAGAAAGCUUUAAUGGCGGUUCAGCAGGUCCUUAGCCUGGUGGACAGAGGCGGCGAUGUGCCAGCAGAGACAGAUGCCCUCCAAGGGAUGGGGCCUUCAUUUCUGGCCUCCCUUUAGGAGGCGGCUCUUUAGUUAAAUGGCUGGUCUGAUUUUAUUUAGUAGUUUUUUAUGUUUUAACAAAGGCAUCCCGUUGAAUCAGUGGCAUCACUUUUGGUUUGCUGCUGAUUGAAGAGGUUCUUAUUAAUUGCAGUCUUGCAGUUUUUUUUUUGUUUUAUUUUAUUUUUUUUACACUUUGUAAUCAAAAAGGAAAUAUGUAGAUUAUUAAAGACAUUAUUCUGUGUGCAAAAAGCAAGUUUGAGAAGGUGCUGUUGGGAAUUAAAAGGAUGCUAAAGUUAAUCUGAGGCCUGCAGCUGCAGCUCUGCAGAAAGGAGGGUGUUUUCUUUAAAUCCCUACAUACAAAAGAUAAUUAGUUGAACGUGCGUUGACAUCAAUGCUGUUAGACGUGCUUGCUGUAGCUAAGUGAGAGGCGGCAGAGGGUCGCCAGUGAAACUGCUACAAGGUUGGUAGGACUUUGUGCGUGACAUUUUUGUCUGUCGCCGGUCUUUCCAAUCUCCGCUAGACAACAGUGGGAACAUCAGUUUAACAUAAACUCUCCGAUCACCCGCUGAAUUCCCACAUCUGCAUUCAGCUGGAGCAACAAUGAUUAGCACGGAAGUGCUGCAGUAGGAAAUGACUGCCAGGUGUUGGUGCUCCGUCAAAUACAGCUGCUUAUGGCGUGGUCGAGUUCAAGUGGUCAGCUUUUUUAACACAUUAACAUUCUUAAGCACACAUGUGCACAGCAUUUGUUUUUCUUUGUCCGAAGCGACUCGUCCUCCAGCCUACACCAACUUCUACCUGAAAGGUACUCGCAGCUCUAAAGUGGCCUCUAGUGCGCUGCCCCUGUUACAGAUGAAACAACAAUCACUGUUGUAGGAAUUCAUGUCAUUUUGGUGUUGUUUCUGCAUGUCAUGUAUUUAAUUUUCCGAAACAUGACAGAUGUAAACCGAUGUGGGAAAGUGCAUCUUGCUCCAAAUUGAUAUUGAACUUAUAAUAAAAAUCUGAGGAUUCAUCUGUGAUGCACGAGUCCAGGUAAACUGCA